UGUUAAACCCAAACCCCAAAUGAAACCAUAUUUUUCUUUCAGUACCUAAAAAAAAAAAAAAGAGAAAAUAAAGAAAGACAAGACAAUUCAAUUCGAAGCGACAAAUUUCGAAGUUCGGGAACUAUUAUUUUGUCGCUUGGAGUCUAGCAGAAUUUGACGUCAUUAAAAUCUGACGCUUUAUAGUAAAACCGCUUAGCUUUUCCAUACGUUCACCGCCACUGCGCGAAAUUUCCCCUUUUAUUUUUCUAUUGUCUUUGUAAUCCUUUGAAUGGCGAUUUCAGAUUCGCCGGAAAGUGUCGGCACCACCGCCACUACUAUGACCAAUCACUCUGACUCAGAUCUCAACCUCUCGAUUCGGAGGAGAUCGAGCUCCACCGCCGCAGCCAAAACGAUGUCGGAUUCCACCUCCAAAACGAAUGCGCUGCUGGCUGAUAAUAACUCCUCCGAGCAGCGUUUGAUGAGACACUCGACCUGCGGGAGCGAUUGCGAUUGCGAGGAUGAUAAGGAUAGAAUUCGUGCCGUUGACGAUCCUUUGGUCUCCUCUGCCAAUGCCAAGGUGAGUGAUAAGAAGGAGGCUCGGGAAAGGAUUGGAGACGGUGAUGAUCGAGGAGGAAAGGAUUUUUCGGCUUUCAAAUUAGCGUAUAGGCCAUCGGCUCCUGCUCAUAAGAGAGUGAAGGAGAGCCCUCUGAGCUCAGACGCAAUCUUCAAACAGAGCCAUGCAGGUCUAUUCAAUCUCUGCAUUGUCGUACUUGUUGCUGUAAACAGCAGGCUUAUUAUUGAGAAUUUGAUGAAGUAUGGUUGGUUAAUGAAGACUGGCUUUUGGUUUAGUUCAACGUCAUUGCGAGAUUGGCCUCUACUUAUGUGUUGUCUUACUCUUCCUAUAUUCCCACUUGCUGCUUUUGCAGUUGAGCAGUUAGCACAACGAAAGUGUAUAUCUGACCCUGUUGUUAUUUGUCUUCAUAUCAUUAUCACUACAACAUCAAUUUUGUAUCCAGUUUUUGUGAUUCUCAGGUGUGAUUCUGCUGUUUUAUCUGGUGUUGCAUUGAUGCUCUUUGCUUGUAUUGUGUGGUUAAAACUGGUCUCAUAUGCGCAUACGAACUAUGAUUUAAGAGCACUUGCCAAAUUGACUGAUAAGGGAGAAGUUCCGCCUAGUUCCCUUACUGUGGAUUGCACUUAUGAUGUUAGCUUCAAAAGUUUGGCAUACUUCAUGGUUGCUCCAACAUUAUGUUAUCAGCUGAGCUAUCCUCGUACAACAUGCAUUCGAAAGGGUUGGGUGUUCCGUCAACUUGUCAAGUUAAUAAUCUUUACAGGAGUCAUGGGAUUUAUUAUUGAGCAAUAUAUUAAUCCUCUUGUCAAAAAUUCACAACAUCCUUUGAAGGGGAACCUACUAUAUGCCAUAGAGAGGGUUUUGAAGCUUUCAGUUCCAAAUUUAUAUGUGUGGCUCUGCAUGUUCUACUGCUUUUUUCACCUUUGGUUAAACAUACUUGCUGAACUUCUUUGUUUUGGUGAUCGGGAGUUCUACAAAGAUUGGUGGAAUGCGAAAACAGUGGAGGAGUAUUGGAGAUUGUGGAACAUGCCUGUUCAUAAAUGGAUGUUUCGUCAUAUCUAUAUUCCAUGCUUACAGAACGGAAUUUCAAAGGGAGUUGCUGUUGUAAUUGCAUUCCUAGUAUCUGCCAUAUUCCAUGAGCUGUGUAUUGCUGUUCCUUGCCACAUAUUCAAGUUCUGGGCUUUUAUUGGGAUUAUGCUCCAGGUUCCCUUGGUCUUGAUCACAAAUUACCUGCAAGAAAGGUUCAGAAGCUCAAUGGUGGGGAAUAUGAUAUUUUGGUUCAUUUUCUGUAUUCUUGGUCAACCUAUGUGUGUGCUUCUAUAUUACCAUGACUUGCUGAACCGAAAAGCACGAAGUGAGUGAAGUCAUAGGCUCUCUACAUCUGUGUCUGGAGAAUUUCAUAACCAUGUAUAAUGUAUGAUGCUGCCUGCUUCUCGGGAGAUGUUUCAUCAUGAGCCGUACCCAUUUUCCCAGUUGAGCAGAUUCCAUGUUAAUUCAAUUAACUGUACAUAUAAUUCUGAGGUAUAAUGCACAAACAGUUGACGAUAACAACUAUAUUGUAGCACAAGUGGAAGUUGGUCAUCGAUCGAAUACAUGUUUUUACUGAGGAAUUUUGUAUAUGGUUAAAUUUUGGAGUAUGUUAUUGGGAUCUUUCCGCCUCCCUUUGUUUCCUA